GACUGCAAGUGUUUUGGUUUUUGGAUGGUGAUGGAACAGCUGGAAUUUAGUGGUAUUCAUAGUCCAUUAAUGAGAAAAAGCUUGAGAACGUAAUCGAGCACACUCAAAGUUUAGGUAAGCUAAGUUUACAUCAUGUCAAACUGGAAAAUCGCUACAAGUGGUCGAUAGGGAGGCACGCGCAAAAGGAAACGUUCACCUGGUUGUUGUUGCGCACGCUACAGACGGAGACAGGUGGGCGCUAGACUUCUGUAUCGGACAAAGAGAAGUUCCGAUAUCGGGUUAAAUCAGCACGAAAAUGUCCUCUCCUGGUAAGUCUGGUGGACCCGUGGUGAAGCUCGCUCGAACUAAAAGCAAAAAGAAGCAUUUUGUGCAUCAGAAGGUGGAGGUCUUCCGGGCAAGCAAUCCUGUUCUGAGCGUUUUCAUGUGGGGCGUCAAUCACGCGAUAAAUGACCUGUCUCAGAUACCUGUUCCUGUCAUGUUACUGCCAGAUGACUUCAAAGCCAACACCAAGAUCAAAGUGAACAACCAUCUCUUUAACAAGGAAAAUCUCCCCGGCCACUUCAAGUUCAAGGAAUACUGCCCGCAGGUAUUUCGAAACCUCCGUGAGCGAUUUGGCAUCGAAGAUCUGGACUACCAGGCCUCCCUGGUGCGCAGCCCCCCGGUGCAGGAUGCCGACUCACAGGAGGAGGGUCUGCUGCUCUCCUCCUACGACCGCACGCUCAUCGUCAAGCAGAUCUCCAGCGAGGAGGUGGAGGACAUGCUCAACAUCCUCUCCCAGUACCACGAGCACAUAGUGACGUGCCAUGGCAGCACGCUGCUCCCCCAGUUCCUGGGCCUGUACCGCAUCACGGUGGAGAGCGAGGACACCUACCUCAUGGUCAUGAGGAACAUGUUCAGCCACAGGCUCCUCGUGCACCGCAAGUACGACCUCAAGGGCUCACUGGUGUCACGUGAAGCAAGCGAUAAGGAGAAGGUGAAAGAGCUUCCCACAUACAAAGAUGUGGAUUUCCGUAACAACAUGCAGAAGGUGUUUGUGAGUGAGGAGCAGAAGGAGAAGAUCAUGGAGAAGCUCAACAGAGAUGUAGAGUUCCUGGUGCGGUUAAGGAUUAUGGACUACAGCCUGCUUCUGGGGAUCCAUGACGUGGAGCGGCACGAGCGAGAGGAGGAGGAACAGGAGGAAUCCUCCUUUGAGGAGGGAGAGGAGGCGCAGAACGGGAUUCCCCAGGCCGCCCCUGGACAACCACACCCAACGAGCGGCUCCUACGGCGCCUCCCCUGAGGGCAUCGCCGGGUACAUGAACUCCUUCAAGCCCUUCGGCCCUGGGGAGUUCGACCCCUACGUAGACGUGUACGCCAUUCAGAGUGAUGUGGGUGCUCCUCAGCGGGAGGUCUACUUCAUGGGUCUGAUUGAUGUGCUGACGCAGUAUGACACCAAGAAGAAAGCAGCGCAUGCUGCAAAAACAGUCAAACACGGGGCUGGGGCAGAGAUCUCCACGGUCCACCCUGAGCAGUAUGCCAAACGCUUCCGGGAAUUCAUCGCCAACAUUUUCGCCUGAGUCCUAUUAUCACACACUCCAGUUUGCCUUCUACAACAAUCACUCUAUUUAUUGACAGAAAAUGAAUGCAUUGCAUAACAUUGUGUGAUUCAUCCACUGUAUUGUCAUAUUUCACUGAACGCUUUGCAUGAAGUGCAAUUGAUGUUUUAAACUUUAAUAUAAUUCACAUGAUGUUUAUAGUUGUUAAAGUCUACAUUAUAAAGCCACACCUGUGAUGUAUGAUUAAGACACUAGACACGUGUUUAAGGGUUAGAGUAACGUGAUGUCAAUGUCAAUGGCCCAAGAG